AAGUCAGAAUUCUUACAAAAAGAAGUUAAGUUUCUGGGUCACACUCUUACUGAUAAAGGCCUUAAGCCUAACGAAGACCAAAUCUCUGCAGUAAAAAAAUUUCCUUUCCCCAAAACUCAAAAAGAAAUAAAAUCAUUCCUAGGACUAGUCGGUUACUAUAGAAAAUUCAUACAAGACUUUGCCAAAUUGACAAAACCGUUAACGCAAUGCCUAAAGAAAGGUAACAAGAUAAAAAUUACCACGGAUUAUACACAAGCAUUUGAAAAAUGCAAAGAGGUACUAAUAAAUGCACCUAUUUUACAAUACCCAGACUUCGACAAACCAUUUAUCUUAACUACAGACGCUUCAGACGUAGCCAUAGGCGCAGUACUGUCACAAGGCAACCUUGGGUCAGAUAAAUCAGUAGCAUACGCUUCACGUACGCUAUCGGACACAGAACAACGUUACUCAACAAUAGAAAAAGAACUACUAAGCAUAGUAUGGGCAACAAAAUAUUUUCGCCCUUACCUUUACGGAAAACGUUUCACAAUAUAUACAUACCAUAGACCCUUAACAUGGAUUAUGUCCAUAAAAGACCCCAAUUCAAAACUCACUAGAUGGCGCUUAAGACUAGCGGAAUACAACUACGACGUCCAAUACAAAAAAGGUAAAGCAAAUACGAAUGCGAACGCACUUUCCAGAGUCCAAAUUCUGCACAAUAAUGAAGUAAUUCCUCAACCAAGUACUUCAGACGACUACACGGCACUAGAAUUAAGUAACAUUACGUUACCUAACACACCACUAAGCAACACUGACCUACAAGCAAUACUAGGACCACCUAUUACACCAGAAACCACAACACAACCACCAACACAAAACGAAAGCACAAUUGACCGUAUGCCUGAAAUAGAUGAUGCAAUAGAUAGACAAUUGAAACAAUUUCACAUCAGAAAAACACCCGGAAACCAAUACAGGUUCGAAGACAGAUCAAAAGGCAAAACAAUGAUUAAAGAUGUAUGGAUACCAAUCAAUGACACAAAACAACAAAUCAUCCAAUUUUUAAAGGAACACACAAUACCAGACAGAACAUUCCAUUGUUACUUCCAUCACGAAGAAUUUUACCCAUUAUUUUGCGAGGUUUUCAAAACCACAUUUAGUAAUCGCGGCCCAAAAUUAAUAAAAUGUAACACUAGAGUCACACUCAUAGAAAACAUCUCCGAACAAACCGACCUAAUAAGAAAGUAUCAUGAGGGUAAAACUAUACACAGAGGUAUCCAAUAAACAUACAAACACUUACAUAGAAACUAUCAUUGGCCUAACAUGCUAUUAACCAUCCAAAAAUUUAUUAAUAAAUGUGAUACAUGCCUAAAAAGCAAGUAUGAAAGAAACCCACUAAAAAUACCUCUGUCAUUAACAGAUACACCACACAGACCUAUGGAACAUAUGUUUAUGGACCUAUACAGUAGCGGAGGAAUAACAUUCCUUACAUUAAUGGACAAUUUCACGAAAUACGCGCAAGCAACACCACUCACAGCAUCAACCAGUAUCCACAUAGCUGAAGCAUUACUAAAAAUAUUUUCAGUAAUAGUAAAUUUCAGUAAUUUUUAUUUGCUUGCCAUUAAAGGCACCAACACUAUUAGGAAAAUUAGUUCUCUGAAGAAAUCCUGCAGCUAUAUCUUGCCAUAUAUCACAAGUUUUUUUUGGAAUGCAUUCAUCACGUAAAAUUUCCCCAAUUACGAGAACGUAAACGAACAAAAGGCACACCUAUACUUCCAAGUAAAAUUGAGUUGCAACAAGCCUACCAAAUCACCAAACCUUUACAUACAAAUCUAAUGAGUUUAUGUAAAAGUGGCAUAACGGGCGCCGCAGCAAUAACACAACCAGAUGUGUUUUUAAAGGAAGUUGAUUUUAUUACAACAAUUAUAUCAAAUGAAACGUUUAGGUAUCGAAAGAACUAUCGGCGCAGGACACAGUCUCUAAGUCGGUGACGGACACCCGGCCUGUCGGCUGUCGGUCGGUGGAGGCGUACUGCGCGUCAUUUGGCGUACGCUAAAUGGAGGGAGUGGUUGCUAGAGAAACUUAAUCAAACCUCAGUCACCCGUCGGCACACCCUCGAGGCCGUGAAUCUCAAUAACUACGGAUAGCAACAAUCGAUCGAUUUUCAAAAUGGAUCGCCGAUCGAUCUAUUUUGUGAAGUUCCCUCCCGUGCAUUCCAUUUCAAGCAGAUAUCAUUAUGAUUAUGACUAUGUAAGAAAAUAUCCAUA